AUGUUGGCUUUUGGUAUAACAUUUACCAACGCUCAAAUAUAUACAACACCUCCUCCCAGAAGAUCACCCAGCUGUGCUCUCUUGAGUGGAAAAAUCUACUGCUAUGGCGGCUGGACAGGGCCCAGUUCAGCUGUAAAAAGAGACACAUCGCUUUAUACUUUGGACAUUACGAAUGUCACUGAUAAUUUUGAAACCAAAUGGGAAGAAAUCACAAAUGUAGUAAAUGCCAAUAUUGCGUCAACUGAAGUCAGAGGAAGAGCACAAGUUGCAGUUCCAAGUGAUGGCAAAAAUCUACUCAUUAGUGGAGGUUUCCCGUAUUCAAACCAUAGCACCACACCUCAACAUUUAGUUUUUAACGCAGAAACAAAAUCAUGGAAAUCGCUUGCAGAGUUUGACGAUGGACCAAAUGGGAAAUACAGACAGAUUUAUUUAGCAACAGCCACAUAUGUUCCAGAACAAUCAAAAUUCUACUUUUAUGGUGGUGUGGAAAACUACCCCGUCAAUACCUGGUACCUCGAUACAUUAACAAAUGUAAAUAUCUCAAACCCAAUCUUCGCAUCUGACGCUACUCGAUCAAAAAUUGGAUACUACAGAAUGACAACUCUUGAUAUCAACAGUGGAGCAAGCAAUCCAUGGCAAAUCAUUCCUCAACAAAACCCCCCUACAAUCGACUACUAUAUGCAAUCAUCUAUCUAUCAUACCAGCAGUAAGAAAAUCUAUUAUUUUGGAGGAUACUACAAUGAUGUGAGUGCAGUUGGAACAGCAAAUUUGACAUUCCAAGAAGCCAUUGUGUUUGAUACAGCCACUUCAACAUGGGGCAAGCAAGCUUUCACUGGCGGUGUCAUUCCCACAGUACGAAGAUACCACACAAUGACACUUUUGCCUUCUGGUCAAGAUGUUUUGCUGUAUGGUGGCACUACAAAUGAUGCAAAUCCCUCAAGAGACUUUUGCUUUGUGGCAAAUCUGGAGACCUUUGUCUGGUCAUCCUGCAACACUAUUGGAUUACCUAAUAACGGGAUUACAUAUCGAGCCGAGCACUCAGCUGUAUUGGAUGACGCCAAGAAGAUUGUCUACAUCUUGUUUGGCUAUGCAAAUGACAAAUCUGUGGUGGAUAACUAUGAUACUGUCCUUGCUUUAAAUGUCUCUGACCCCAAAGCUGUGGCAUUUGUCGAUAGUACUCAAACGGCCAAGCCGGUAGAAAGUAGCGUGCCAGCCCCUGUCAACGAGAAUGGAUCAGGCGGCACCAUUGGAGGUGCUGUUGGAGGUGCUGUAGGCGGCCUUCUGGUCAUUGGCCUGAUUGCCUUCUUUCUAAUGAAAAAAAAGAAGAGUGAAGAGAAGCCAGUCGAGGAAGACAAAGAAGAACAACUCUCUGUAGAUUGGGACGCUAUUGAAGGCGGAUACACAGAGGCAUAUCCAGUGUCAGACAUUAAUACAAAAGACAUAUACACCAGCCAUAACAAACCAUACGAGCCUAGUGUUCAAGAGCAAGAAGCAAUGAUACAGUUCUCGCCUGCAAUGACAAACACCAACACAGAGACAACCGCAGUUGCAUCUAUCAAUGUCCCCGAUGUUGCUAUCGAUUAUCAGCACGACGCACACAGAGGAAAUUAUAUCAUAAAACCUGACGUUGCCUUGUAA